AUGGAGAGGCUCAAUACCAGAUGGUCAUCACCUCCCCCCCCCUCGCUGAAGCUCAAUUUUGAUGGUGUUGCUCAUAGUGGCUCAGCGGCAGGGGGAAGAAUUAUUAGGGAUAGCUUGGGCAACCUGGUUUUGGCCUAUGCAGGAAAUUUUGACUCUAUUUUGAGCAACAUGGUGGAAGCCCUUACUCUUUUUGGGGGGCUUAAGAUGGCCCUUGGCACCGAUACCAAAAAAUUGAUCAUUGAAGGGGACUCUAAACUGGUUAUUGAGGCCACUAAAGGUGCUUCAGGGAUCUGCUGGAGAAUCAAAAAUGUCAUCAAGGACAUCUGGUCCAUGAUUGUCUGGCUGGAAGAUUUUCAAAUUCAGCAUAUCUACAGAGAGGGAAAUGGGGUGGCGGACUCUCUGGCUGCGGCGGGUCUGGAGAUAAAAGGAAUGAGGUACUGGGGGCACCUAGAUUCUCUCACUGACAAGCAGAAGGACCUUAUUGGAAAUGAACAAACCACCUCUAUCAAGCAAUGA